GGGGGGGGGGUGGAGAUUUUUCAAGGUGGGAGUCCAGCGUUAUAAGUAACUGUCUUUUCCCUUCUGAAUUAAGAACCAAUUGAAUGCGGAAGACACAGGAGUUGGACAAAUGGAGAUUAAAAUGUUCGUUUUGUUACAGAGAAAACUGAUGGGAGAAUAUGGCACUGGAUAAGUAGCCCUGUGGCUUAACCACCCCCCACCCCCACCCCACCCCUACACAUACACAGAGCAACACCUGCCCUCUAAUGAAACCUAUUGCAGAGGAGAGUGUAUUUGCUUGCUCCAUUCUUGUAGGCUGGAGACACUCUGAAGGGACCAAGCCCAGCUUGGCUCUUCUAGUCAGAAUGAGGAAGGGCACAGGGUGAAGGCAGGCCUUGGCCUCUCACAAACCAAAGUCAUGAGCCUUUCUGUCUAGCCAUACCCUCAUCUCCUUUGUGUCUCUGAAGUAAGGGAAAACAUAAAUAUAUGUGUGCUCCCCAGUAAUACAGAUUCCUAUCGUCAGAGGCCACCAUGUUACCACUUGCAGGAUUUGCCUAUUGUCUGAGGUUUACAUACGUUUUGGAGGGUUUGGAAAAGAAACAGCCAUAAACUGGGUGUUAAGGUAAUUAAAUCUUUUACUGAGUGGCAUGUAAUUUCCUACUUGCUUUGGGUACUUUGGGAUUUAAAAAAAAAUGUAAGCCAUGGAACAUUUCCUUCCUCUUAGUGACUUAUAUUUAGCCAAGAGACCCAUAAUUAUUUUUGUCCUACUGUGUGGAAGUUAGUCAACCCCAACCACUAACAUGUUUAUUACUUUAACCUAUUUCAGGCACAGAUCUGAUUGCUGGAUAAUUAGUACAUCAAGUAGAGUUAACUUUCAACAUUUGAGGUUGAACAUCUUAUUAAGAUCUUGGUUGUCUUUCAGAGAUAAUACCUUUCUGAGAUUGAUAUAUGUGUAAAAGAAAUCAGCAGAGGCUAACUUAAUUGUCUUCUCUUUUUACAAAUUUUAAUGUGAAUUUUUUUUUUCCCCACUGACCUCCACGUAAACUAAAGAAUACUGUUAAGACAAUAAUCCCAUUUUCAGUCAGAGAUAGUCUUUGGUCAUUUCGAGCCUACAUUAUUAACAUUAUCAACACGCUCCCCUAACUUGUCUCCCUGCCUCUGGUCAAAAUCUGAUUCAAUCUUUAAAAAAAACUUAUGCCAGAGUGAUUUUUGUAAAAUGCAAAUCCUACACUCUCUUUUUUUCAAAAAUCCUUCAAUGUUUCCCCAGGGCCCACAGGAUAAUGGAGGUAAAAUUAUAUAUUUAUGUAUCCUAACCAUGAAUAUUUUUUAAAAGUUGGAUCAAUCAUGAUAGAAGAAAGACUGAAUUCUCUCUCUAUUCUUUUUAUGGAAAAUAAGAAAUUUUUGUUAUAUGAAGCAAUAAUCAAGGAAUACAGAGCCAAAAAAGGAGGUAAAAGGUAUUACAGUGGUAUCUCUGAACAAGUUAAACUGGGUAAAAUAGUGACUAAUAUUGAAUCAGUGAGUAAAAAAAUGGAGAAAGAAAAGCAUCAGCACCAUGUUAAGUCCAGAUUGUUGGUCUCACCAUAUGCCGUCCCCAUCAACUUUGGCUUGCCCUUACAACCCAUGACCACCUCUUCCAUGGGACUUCCGAAAGAACAUGAUAAAACAUUCUACGAUUGGAGAGGAAUUAUGUCAACAAAGCCUUCCCGUUUGACUCCUGACUCCAGCUGGCCUAGUUUGUGUGGGCCAUCAUCAAUGUUUCGGGAUUACUGUUCUAAAACCUUACUGAAGAAAGAGCAACAGCCUAUCCAACCAGAACCAAAGCCACCCAGGUCAAAAUCUAUUCUAACUAAAAGUGGUAAACUUGACAAUAAAGUUAAAAGAAUUGGACCACACAUAGAAAUCUUCCAAGUGUUCCGGGAAAGGAACAAAUUCAUAAAUACCAAAAAAAUAGUGAAAAUGAUCACCAUCAUGCAGGCCUAUGUCAGAGGGUGGCUGGAACGCAGAAGAUACCAGAGAAUAAUGAUCAAGGCUUUGCAUCAUGGACCAAAUUUGAGAGCAGUUAUAAACAUGUAUCAUAGACUAAUCCAUCGUGUUAAAUAUCGACUUGGUCUGUGGAGGACAAGACAAGUUAUAAACUUUGUAGAGCUGGAGGAAUGGAUGGACAGAAAAAAAUUCUAUGAAACAAUGUUUGCUAAGAGAGAAGAUUGGCAAGGAUUGGAAAGAAGCGAGCUCCUUAAAUUCUUCAAUGAGUGUGGUCAUUUCCCAAUCCAGCAGCAAAUUGAUGAAGUUUGGGACCUGGUCCAUAAAGACUCUGUGUCUGGAGUUCUCUCUUGUCCAGCAAGAAAACGGGACACAGGAUUAAAAAUGAGAGAGAGGCUAAUUGUCCAGGAGGAAACAAGAGCCCCAAAAGACCGUGACAGAUAUUCUCAACUCCUCAAGAAGUACAAUGCGAUUGAAAUGUUAUUUACACUCUAUCCUCCUCAAGGUGCCCAUGUGUGUAAAAAUAUACGACUUAGGUCAACUUGGCUGAGACCCAUAGUAAAUGGGGAAGAAGGAUAUAAAUAUAUAGGCUUGUUUAAUAUAGCUCCAGAGGAAAAAAAAUUUGGAAUGAUGAAGCAGAAGAUAACAAGGCAGUGUUCAUUCAGCAUACAAAGAAAGUUGGAAUUUGCCAGAAAGGGACAAACUAUCUUGGGAAAGGAAGAAAGUCAGAAAGAUCCAACGGAAGAAGUGGGGCAGGAGAACAAGUAGGUAAGAGGAAAGGGUAGACAAAAAAACCCAUAUCGGUUUUCCUUUUAGGCAUUUUGUUUACUUAGCCAACAUGCAGUAGUCCCUUAAAUAAUAUGAACAAAUGAAGGAGUGCUCAGCCUGGGUUCUCUGAGUUUGAUCUGCAGCUUACUGUCCUCAAAAAUGCAGUUUUAUAUUGUAGAACACAUAGUAACUUGAAUUAUAAUAGUAAUUCUAGAAUAGAGAUUCUAAGACACCUUAUUCUAUUGGCAGAUAAGAAUCAUUAAUAGUUAGCCAUAUUAGUUAUUUAUAUUAAAAUAUUUACUCCCAUUUCCUUGAAAAGUUGAUCUUUGUAGCUAGAAUAUGCCCCACAACUCCAGCAAUCUCUUGCUCUAUUAAAAAAAAAAAUCUAUUGACUAGGUUAGCAAGGUAAACUUCUGUUCUGGCCUUAGUGAAUUGUCAGAAAUCACCAUAAUUCUUAUCAGAUUAUACUCUGCUGUUCCACUUCUCAAUUCCCUUAUCUAGCUGAAAAACAAAAUGUUAUACCAUUUAAAAUUUUUUUUCCUCACACUUAGUUUUUCCUAUUUUCUUGUCAAGAAGCUUGUGCUUCUAUCCCUGCAUCUGGUUCUAUGAGGCUGCUCGGCUUUAUAUCUUUUUGGUAUAAACAAUGAUUAACCAUCCCUUCCCCCUCCUAGUUUUAGGCAGACAUAAUCUAAUCUGUGUUAUGUGACAAGACCAAUUAGUCUCGCCCACUCUGCAGCCUUCUGUCCCUCCCCUCUCAGCUGCUACCCUCUUGGCACUCCAUCUCUUUUAGGAAGUAGCGAUAGGAGCCAAAUUUCCAAACUGAAUUCAUUAGAUGAAUAUGCAGGUCCAGAUUGCUUAAAUGUGCUCACAUCCUCAAGUAGAACUCAGACUCAAGACUUCUGACUCUUUUCUCUCGUUGCAUUUUAUGUUUGUCAGAAGAUUUCUGCCUACAAAAACUUCCUCGCUGGCUAGAGAGAAAGGAAAGCUGUAUUGACUAGGUGUGCAAAUGGAAGGCCCAGGACUGGACUGAGCAAGAUAAGUGCAGAGAAUGCCAUCCUUUCCUUGGAUGUGUUAUUUUAUACAGGCUUUUACAAGUAGCACUCUACCCACUUCUGACAAGUGUAGGUAGCUUGCAGAGUCCAGGUGAUGGAUGGGCAAGGCACGCCAUUCAUAAUUCAUGCUCAGAGCACUGGCACUCAACUAGUGGGUCAGUCGGAAUCAGAAAGGGACCCUGAGGACAAGACAUGGAAACACGGAACAGCUGGUGGUGCACAAUUCUGAUGAGUCUAUUAUCCCAUAGCCAGACCGUAGCCACCACAGCUGGGGACAGCAGGUGCCAAGAAAACCUGACCCGUUGGAUCUUGAGGGACUAAAGACAGAAAACACUUAAGCUUGCUUCAUUUUGUUUGUUAUCAGAAGUGGGUUUUUUUUAGAUUCUUAAAGUCUGUAACAUUAUUUUCAAUACUGUAACUGCUAAAAGAGGGAUGAACAUUCUAUGAUAAGCUAUUCAGUAGCUUACAGCUUAAAUCUCAAAACUGGUAACCAUAGAUGUAAUGCCAUGUUACCUGAUAGAGAAAUCAUAAGUAAGUCUCUGGGGCAAUUGCUAAAAUAGAUACUGAAUGUUCAAAAAAAAAUUCACAAUAUCCACCAAGAAAACCCAAGUCCCAUUGUAAAUAUGCCUACUAGUCAGUAUUCAUUAGAGAAUAAGAUUGGCGACCUCCUGUUGUUUUAAAAGCACAGGCAGAUUCUCUUGGACUAAUUGAAAGUUUCCUUUUAAAUGUGUAAAUGUGAGAGACAGAAAGAGGUAGAGGAAGGAACAGAAAAAUAAAACAAGUACCAAAGCCUUAACAACAAAUUUUUCUUUCUAGGAAUUUGAGAUGACAGUUCGCUGCCAUUUUUGUGUGUGUCAGUUUGCCCCUCACUGCAAAUUCCUGCAGGUCAUAGAUCUGCCACCAAGUCAUCACCCUCAGGAAGCCCGUGGGUACUUCAUGUGGGCUCUCAGUCCGUGUCCUUUUGACCACGAAAGCCUGGGCUGUGACAUUAUUGAUUCUGUGUUCGUGUCUGCCUGGCACAGAGCCUUGGGAUCACUGGUAUCAUCAGUUAGGUGGAAAUUCCCAUUAAUAUAAGCAGGAAACUAAAGAGACUAAUAGAGGAUCCCUUGGUCAAUUUAGAUGUGGCCCCAAAAUACCCACGUGGCUCCUUGGACACUGGCACCAUUCUCAUGAAAACAUUUCAGAAAGCUACCUCUUAUUCUGGGGUGCCUUGGCAAUGGAAACAAGAAUCAGAACUAUUUUCUUGGUUUUCUUCUUCAAGUGGAUUUUAAUGUCCUGUCGCUCAAAGUUUAAUUUAGUAAAUUCUCAAUAUUACCUGUGCAGCAUUUUGUAUGCAAUCUCAGCACAGUGCAAUCAAGGAUAGCAGUCUGUGGAGGGAGAAGUUCUCCUGAAAGGCCUUCGACAUUAAUUCGCCAUUUUUCAGUAUUCUCCACACUGUGAUUUGUACAGAAUUAUAGGAGCUGCUGAAGCCAGCUGGCUCCUUUGUCUUCCCUUGACUUCUGGCCAGCCUCUAUUCAUAUUGCUGCGACCAGAAGAUAAAAAAAAAAAAAAAAAAAAAAAAAGGAAAGGAAAGGAAAGAGAAGAAAAGGAACUCAUAAGUUUAAGAAGUAUAUAAGGUUGGGCGCCUGGGUGGCUCAGUUGGUUAGCAUCUGACUUCAGCUCAGGUCAUGAUCUCAUGGCUUGUGAGUUUAAGCCCCACGUCGGGCUCUGUGCUGAGGGCCGAGAGCCUGGAGCCUGCUUCA